UGGCCCCGGACCCCCUGCCCGGGCAGCAGCUGCCGCCGCCGGGGCUCGGCUUGCGGAGGAACGGGGCUUCCCUUUGGGAGCCGGAGCAGCGGUCCCUGUGUCCCGCGCACCCUUGCCCCGUGGUCCCCGGUCCCAGGGGCACCUCCGCGCUGUGGGAUCCCGCCGUGACCCCGGCCGGGGGAGGCACGGUGGGGCCCCGCGCCUGCUGUGCCGUGUAAGAGGAAAAGCGGGGGCUGGAGGAAAACCCUGUUCUUGGAAAAAUGCAGUUCGCUCUUUUCUUGUCCUGGUGCUGCUGCCUGCAUGGAUGUGCGCUGGGGACUGGCUUCCUCUAUCAAUUCCCAGCAUCAACCCUGCAGCACAACUACCCAGAGCAGAGCUCGGGCUCGCCGAGCAGCGGCUUCGCCAGUCGCCGGCAUUGGUGUCACUACACGGUUACACGGACAGUUUCCUGCCAAGUGCAGAAUGGGUCAGAAACAGUGAUCCAGCGAGUUUAUCAGAGCUGCCGGUGGCCAGGACCUUGUGCCAACUUAGUGAGUUACAGGACUCUCAUCAGGCCCACGUACAAAAUGUCAUACCGAACAGUGACCACGCUGGAGUGGAGGUGCUGUCCUGGCUUCACGGGGAGCAACUGUGAAGAGGAAUGCAUGAACUGCACGAGACUAGCUGAUAUGACCGAGAGGCUAAACACGCUUGAGGCCAAGAUCCUUCUGCUUGAGGCUGCAGAGCGAAGCCCACCACUGGAAAACAACCUGCCCAUCACUGGGACAACAGCCACAUGGUACGACGAUUUGUUACCAGAUGCCUUUCCUCUGCUGAAUCCUGGAACUGUCCUGAGAAAAACAGUGGGAUCUGUUGAGCCUAAAGGACACAGAGGUGCAGAGGAGCAGCUAAUACCACAGGGGCUGCCAGGACAGGUUGGUCCUCCAGGACCAGUCGGACCAACUGGUCUUCCAGGACCACCAGGGCCAAAAGGAGAGAAGGGACAACCCGGCGAGAGGGGCCCAGCAGGGCCACCAGGGCUGUUGGGACCUCAAGGACCAAGAGGACUUCCAGGAGAAACCGGGAUCCCAGGUCCCCCAGGUCCUCCAGGGCCACCAGCCACCCCAAGCCUUCCUCUUACCUUCCAACAAGGGGUUCUCUACUCACUCCAGCCUACAGCUGAAAAAGAAAAUGGAGAACCCCAACUGGCCUCCACCGUCAUAGACACCAUCAUGGCUGGCCUGCCAGGACCACGAGGAGCCCCAGGCCCUGUUGGACCACCAGGGCCACCAGGCGCAUCAGGACCCAAAGGGCCACCAGGACCUAUUGGAGUCCCCGGAUCACAAGGCUUACCGGGCUCUCCAGGACAACCUGGGCCAAAAGGCUCCAAAGGAGACCGAGGAGAGAGAGGCCAAGCAGGUCUGACUGGAGAGAGGGACAUUAAGGGAUUUCCUGGUGAACCAGGCAAGAAGGGUGAGGAAGGUGACAAAGGUGCUGAUGGGGAAGGUGUUCAACAACUUCGGGAAGCUCUGAAGAUUUUAGCCGAGCGGGUAUUAAUUCUUGAGCACAUGAUAGGAAUUCAUGACUCUUUAUCUUCCAUUGAGCCAGGCUCUGGACAAGACGUGAUCCCGGGUUCCCCUCUGCGAACCAGCAUCAAGAUCAAGCGUGGAGGACCACAGCAGCCACAGGCCUACCAGAUCCUCUCUUCACUGCUGGAUGACAGUGAAGCCAAAAGGAGAAGCAAUCGGAUGAAGUAGGAGCAUCUGCAUGUUCUCUGUGCCUGUUCACCAGUUAAAGAUACAGUAUCCCAGUGCUUAAUUGCGGAGUGCAAAUGAAGCGGGUAGGAGGUUGCAGUGUUGGCAACUGCGUUUCCUUACCUGGCCAAUACUAUGCCCUUAUUGCAGGGAAUGUCUUAUCCAUAGCUCAGAGAGGGUCUUAUGAACGUUUGUCUUGAUUUUGUUGUUUUGCCUUUGGAAUACGAGAUGGCAGGUAUCGUCAGAAGCUGUCUACAGAAAUGACACGUCCUGACUGGGUCUCAAGAGUUUAAUUCUCCCCUUGUUUCCUCACUGCCCUUGAAAGUUACUCAGUUAAAGCACUGCUUAACCGGCUGAGACAAUCAAUCCCAUCUAGACUCAAAGCCAAGCCUUAGCCUUGUCCAUUGAUAUAGUUGGUGGCAUCCGCUUUUAUGUGGUGGUAUCAUGCUGAUUUCCAGGUGAAGAUACCACUUCAUAGGCCGUUAAGGCAUGACCUGCAAGGAUUUCUUUUAAGCAAAGAACAAAUUGGAAAAUUCAAAGAACAUUUAAAACAGUUACUCUGAAAAUUCAUGUUACUCUUUGGACUUUAGCAUCAAAAUCUUGCUAAUUGCAUGUGAGUGGCAUUAUUUCCAUCCAUGGUUGGCUAAGCAAGGACUUUUGAUGCAAAUGUUCAUGGCACCAUUGACUUUCUAUCUAUCUUCAGUGAGAUUAGACUGUUUCUGUGAAAAUAUAGAGCAGUUUGUAUGAGAUAUGAUGAAUUGUGCAAGAAUUUUCCCUUAGUGUUUUCAGCUUGUGCAUACAUCCAGAGAUAAUUCAGUUAAGUAGUAGCAAUAACUAUUAACAGAAAAGAAUAUUUAGCAAUAAUUUCUUAAUCCUACAUCAAUAAGGAGAAAUGUUUUCACACUGUUUUGUUUUUAUCUUGUGAGUAAAUCCUUGCCAUUUGAGCCUGGAGACAGUGUAGUAGCAAACCACAGCCUAAGCAAUUAGAGUCUAUCUUGCACUGUGAGUUAAAUACAAAGUCAUUUUACUUUUUGCAACAACUUGUUAUUUUGGGGGAAGUCCCAGGGUUAAGAAGUUGAGCCUGCCCUUCAGUGGCAAAUGAAUCACCACACCUGCUGUGCAAACCAAAUCAGACAAGUUGACAUCAUUCAUGUAGACAGUGAUUUUUGUUAGAAAGGGCGAAACUAAUCAACAGAACUGAUGGUACUAUUUUUAAUUUUUUUUUUUUAAUUCACACACCCCUCUCCACCUUGUUCUGACAGUUUUCAAAUUCAGCCCUCGCUAAAAGUGAGCAAAUUGAGUUUGCAUUUGUCAUUUUAUUGUGUAAGUCAGGUAAAUUGGUCACAUUCUAUCUGGUUCCUAGUGCAAGGUACAGCUGUCUGCACUGCUACAAUAUUUGUGUCAAAAGCUGUUGCAAAGACCAAUAACUGUACGGUCCAUGUAUCAGCAACCCUUGUCACCCAAAGUGAUCUUCCUAAGGCAAAACCAGAAGCAUGUGGUACACUGGAAAUGAGGAUUAAAAUGAAGGAGCUCUGCCAGCCCAACAUUAGCCACACAUUAAAUUAACUUUCCAUAUAUACUGUAAACAUGGUAGACCUACAGAGACAUCAGAACGUUCAAAUCUUUCUUCUGAAGAUCAUUGUAUUUUCAGAAAUGAGCAGGUUGACUGAAUUCACUAUAUGUCUUCAUUUGGCCCUGCUCUUUAGAAAUCCAACCAUGUGUCCCAAAGCAGGUGAACUGGUGUAAGUGGUGCUGAGCAAACACCAGCAACUUGUCCUCAUACAGAAGCUUUUUACUGCUGUGCAGGUAAAUAAUUAACAGCCUUGGUUUAAGCUGGCAUGGAGGCUGCAGUAAAUGCAUUUCCUUGCCCUGCUUUUAAUUCUCAUGCUGCUUGGCUAAUGCCGGUGGUGUAGCUCAUUCAGCAGUCAACCCAGGUAGUUCAGUUGUACUUCCGUAUGCGCAGGUUUUUCCUUUGGACAUUGCAAAGAAACAAGACCAAAGCACUACAAAAGUCUGGGGAGUUAAAGAAAAGGUAACAGUCAGGUGCUGUCUUUCCCUAAGACUCCAACAUUUGAAGUGAAUGCAGAGCUUUCCCAAGAGCUGAUGCUGCAGGCUCCAGCGUUCCUUUGCCUGCCUGCACUCUGAGCUGGAGCGUGAUAUAGUCAGAAGACAAGAAACAAGUAAAACUGCCCAAGUCAAGCAGGUUACUGACCUCAAGUAGUUUUCCCAUAUUAAUAAUUCUCACGGGAGAAGGAAGUAAAAUCUCCUUGAAUGCAUCUUAGUUUCAAAUCCAGCACUAACUCUAAAUCCAGUGCUAACUCUAAUGCCAGAAUGUAUAUAAAAGAUGCUGCGUUAACCCGGUGUCUUAAGGCUGGCAACCAGCUCUCAGCCUAAAAAACAGUCACAAAUACAAACAGCUCAACUUCCCAACAAAUAGUGGAUGCCUGAAGUACUGUACAGCGGCCUGUGUGAGAGCAAUCGCCUGUUGAUGGACAGCUAAGCAUGGUGCAGCCACUGAUACAUUCUUGGAAUAAGCUUUCCAUUUAAGAAUUAAGUGCACAAAAAAAAGAGACGUUUCCCCAUUUACAGGCUGAUUACCAUGUAGGACUUGAGAUGUACGUGAUUACCCCUUUGCUGAAUCGGGACCAUCUUGGUCUGGCUCACAUGGACAUUACAUGACAUAGCUGGUGGCUUCCAGGAGCUGACCCCUUAUGCCUGCCAGUAGGUGUUGGAAAAUCAGUCCCUGGAGACUGAGCAGAAAUCCCGGUUCAGUUGAAACAUGUACGCUGGGCAGGUUGGUGCUGACGACAGUCACUUGCCACGUAAAGGAAGCAGCCUCAUAGCAGCUUCAGGAGCUAAACUAAGCCAAAGCAAGCUUUCAAAAGGGAAACGGCAAAAUUUGGUUUCGCUGGUCCUAUAGCUACAAUUUGGGGAACAGGGAGUACAGUGAGGGCAUUUUCAUUUCCUGAUGCUUUGGAGCCUUCACAUGGAAUUGAAAGAGAUGUUUUUCUCCCUCCAAGUUUGUCUUCCUGAAGUCAAAGCUAUUGCAUUAGCUUGAUGAGUGCUCUCUUCAAGACAUUCAUAUUGACUAGGAUUUCGGAUUUUAAAUUAUUCAAAACAAAUUACUGUCAAGAUGAAAGGAAAUUUAAUGGAAGUUGUUUGCAAUGAAUCCUGCCAAGUCAAUUGUCAAAAGACUGGUUAGGUUUGGGUUGCAACCAUUUUAAUGAUCGGCUUUUCCAGAUUUCUGUAUGAGCUAUGUAAUUUUUUUUUUUUUUUUCCUCCCCACACUUCUUGCUUUAUUUAGCUACAUCUCUCUCCUGUGCGGUACUGUAUCUUUAAUUUGGGUGACAGUAGGAUUAUACCAAAUGGACUUUCUCUCUCAGCUGGGGUUUCAUUCCUCUCUAUUUACAAAAGAGUUGGACCACACUGUUGGAGUUGAAUUACGUUUUUUUACAGGUGAACACAGCCUCACAUGCUGACACCAAUGAUCUUCAUGACUAAGCAAACCACUCCAACCACAUUUCCCAUCUUAGGCAGGAUACCAAGGUUCAUUUUAGCCAGGUCAUAUAACGCAUCUUGCCGUCUCUAUGUAACUUAGAGAGUGGAUUUAUUUUGAAUGCGUGCUCAUGUAGAAAUAUAUUUUAAUUGAAAUGUUUAGUGCUUUAUCUUACAUGCAUACUGUGCAAUACCAUAGUGUGUUCUUUUCUUUUUUUUUUUCCCCCAAGACUUUUUUGAAAUUCUUAAUGUUUCUCUGAGCUCCAAUGUGUUUUUGACUUGGAUCGGUUCUGGUAGUAGUAAUGCAUUUUCCUUGCCUUGAGCUAACCAGAAGCAGCAGCACAUUGCACAACCAAAAAGCUUUGCAAUUUGUGCACCCUCAUCUUCACCAGCAAUCUGGUACACCUGGGAGGCGGAGAGUGCUUCUCUCCAGAGUAUCUAAUUUGCACUUACUGUAACGAAUUGAUAGCAACCCGGGGAAAUCAGAAUAAACUAGAGAGAAGAGCCCUCACCUGCUCCCACCAAACUCCACAGUAAUUUUGCCAUCGACUUUCAAAGGAACAGGCCAUAAAAAUGAGAUCCAGACCUUCAGCUAGCACGGACGGGUGCUGCUUUCAGUGGAGCAGAGCCAACGGCUCACAAGCAGCUUUCUGAGAGUUUGGCUCUGGGAUUGGGGUUCGCUCCCAGUCUCUGCAAUGAACUAUUUUAACGUAGGAACCUGACCACUGUGACAAAGGCUUCUAAAAGACAAUCAGUUUCUGGAAUUACUUCUCAAUACAAUUUAUUGGAAAUCCAUUCUCCUCCACAUUUACACCUUCUGUCUUAUUUGAGAUUACAUUCCAUUCUCGUGUUUGGUGGUACAGGGGUUUAAACUACUCGCAGUUUCUGUGAUUGAGUUGAAACCAAGCAAUUCAAAGGUGCUAUAAUUGUCCACAAAGCACAUUCCCAUUCGCAGAAGGAAAUGUUAACUUUUUCACUCGUUAUUUUACACAGUAUUUUUUUAUUUAUAUCAGUGUGUUUCGUAUGUGUGCAAACGGACCCAGCUUCUCUCAUUGUAAUAAGCUUUACAACCAUUUGGUCUUUUAUAGGGCAGCCAUACGCAGUAUCUUGCAAUCGUGUAAUUUCAUAACUUAGAGCAAGAAUAAAUCUCAUCUGACACGAUGAACUCAUUUAUGGCAGGCUCUAAUGUUUGUUGUAAACACAACCCAUUUGUUCCACCUCUUGCAUGGCUACUUAUCUGUUUUCAUAUUGCUAUGUUAUUGUUCAAAAUAUCUAUUUCUCUUUAUUUGCUAUGGGGUUUGUUACUGUAUAUGGAAUGUUUUGUAUUCAGCAUUUUCUUACAGACCAGAGUGGGAACAGUAUUCAAGAACCCACAAAUACCAAAGACCUUUCAUGUAAUGCACUGAGAAAUAAACAUACUGUAAAU